GGCUGACCCCUGUAGUUAAUUUCCCAUUUGGAUCCGUAGGCCAGGGUAUAGGAAUUGAUCCUGAUGUGAUGUGUUGGCCACGCUGCUCCCACAGAGUUCCUUUUCCCUCCCCACCUUCCCCUCCUUUAGGGGAUACUCACGCAGAAAGCAGGCAGCAGGCUGUUGGGCAAAGCACAUUUGGAAGAGUGGUUGUACAGAGGCAUGCUCCGGGGGAAACGGCAGACGAUGGCAGAAGACCCCCUGUCCCAUCCCGCCCUGGAUAAGGCGGCUGGCGAAGAGUUCCUGCAGGAAGCUUUCCAGAUCAUCCUGGAGGAAGCUGUCAGGAAAGGGACAGAUGUCAAAGAAAAGGUCUGUGACUGGAGGGAGCCCCAUGACCUGCAGAAAAUCCUGGACCUGGAGAUGAGGAGCAGUGGGGAGCCCCAGCAGAGGGUGCUGGAGCUCUGCCGGGAUGUCAUCCACUACAGCGUGAAAACAUGUCAUCCUCGUUUCUUUAACCAGCUGUUUUCGGGGCUGGAUCCCCAUGCCCUGGUGGGACGGAUGAUCACAGAGACGCUCAACACCAGCCAGUACACCUACGAGAUCGCCCCUGUGUUCGUGCUGAUGGAGGAGGUGGUGCUGAAGAAGCUGCGGGAGCUGAUUGGCUGGGAGAGUGGAGACGGGAUAUUCUGUCCAGGAGGCUCCCUCUCCAAUAUAUAUGCCAUGAACGUGGCGCGGUACCAGCGUUUCCCGGACAGCAAGCGGACGGGCAUCUGGGCACUGCCGAGGCUGGCGGUGUUUACUUCGCAAGAGUGCCACUACUCCGUCAAGAAGGGGGCAGCUUUCCUGGGCAUUGGCACAGACAACAUCUACCUGGUCGGAGUGGAUGAGAGGGGGAAAAUGAUACCUGCAGACCUGGAGAAACAGAUCAACAAGGCAAAAUCUGAGGGCGCGUGUCCUUUCUUCGUCAACGCUACCUGCGGCACCACUGUGUUGGGAGCCUUCGACCCACUGGUGGAUGUGGCAGACGUGUGUGAGCGCCAUGGGGCCUGGUUUCACGUGGACGCUGCAUGGGGUGGGAGCGCCCUGCUCUCCAGAAGACACAGACAUCUGCUGCGUGGGAUAGACAGGGCGGAUUCGGUGGCUUGGAACCCCCACAAGAUGCUGAUGACGGGUUUGCAGUGCUCUGCCUUCCUGCUUCGAGAUAGCUCCGGCCUGCUGCAGAGGUGCCACUGCGCCAACGCCACCUACCUCUUCCAGACCGACAAGUUCUAUGACAUGGCCUACGACACGGGAGACAAGACCAUCCAGUGUGGCCGCAAGGUGGACUGCCUCAAGCUGUGGCUGAUGUGGAAGGCCAAUGGGACCGAGGGGCUGGAGAAGCGAGUGGACAGGGCCUUCGAGUUCACUAGGUACCUGGCUGAUGAGAUAAAGAAAAGGGAAGGUUUCCAGCUGGUGAUAGAGCCUGAGUUCGUCAAUCUGUGUUUCUGGUUUGUGCCGCCCAGCCUCCAGGGCAAGCAGGGCUGUGCUGAUUACUGGGAGAGACUGGGAAAGGUGGCUCCAGCUAUCAAGGAGCGGAUGAUGAAGAAAGGGUCCAUGAUGGUGGGCUACCAACCCCUUGGCAGCAAGGUCAACUUCUUCCGCCAGGUUGUCACAAAUCCCAUGGUCACCAAGCAGGAUUUGGAUUUCUUCCUGGAUGAGAUUGAGAGACUGGGCACAGAUUUGUAGGGAGCCCAAUAGACACAGCUGAUUGCAUAGGAGGAAUGGCGGUUGUGGGGCAGUCCACACGGGCUGCGGAGAUGCAUCGAGCUGUGUGGAACUGGCACAAAGCUCCAACUGGGUUGCCUCCAAACAGGCUUUUUAAGUCAAACGCGGUGCUCCUUUGUCGUUCCUCCCCUGCCCUUAGCAGUGCUCUGGCCUAAGUAUUCCUGAUUCAUUUACUUAAGCACAUGUCAGUUCUUAAUAAAUGCUUGGUAAAUGGUUC